AUGACCAGGCUAGCGGAUCCCACUGGCAAUAUCCGACAAGGCUAUGCUGCAAAUGACCACAAGCUACCACCCGCUGGUGAUUUCCAACCGCAGCUACAAAGCAAAAGGACACCUAUAGAUGCUUCGUCCUCUGUCUUGCUCGUGAACUUGCCGACUAUUUCCCGGGACAAAGAUCACCGGGUCUUUUUGGUCACAGAGGAUAUAGAGACGUAUAUAAAGCGGGAUCUGGACCACACCCGGCUCAACAGAAUACAUAGGCAUCUGUGGAUGGCCGGGAGACCCCUAAAUGCCAGGCCGAUACAUCGACAAAAGAUGAUGGGUUUUGAUAUCAUCCUGACAGAGCAAGCGGACCUCCACCUCCUCAAGUUCUCAAACAAGGUCUUCGUCAAGCCGCUUCCGGAUUAUAUGCUAGAUUUCACGUUCUGGGACAAAUAUCUCUGCGAAUCCGAGGAGAUUCAUGAAUCUGCUUGUGGAAUUCUGCUCUCUUAUGUUUGGUUGAUCUGCUCUCCUCUCGACCUCAAAUUAGCUCAUAAGCUGGAUCUCCUCCCAUGUGAGAUAACAUGGAUCUGGUGGAAGAGAUUUGUAUCAGAAUUUCUCUCACAUAUCGACGCAAAUACGCUCGACCAGGUCAACAAACGCUACCACUUUGGCGAACUGCGAUUAGGAAGGAUCAACACCAUAUACAGGAUCCGAUUUUUCUUCACGCACUUCAUUCGCGGCUAUUUGUACGGCUACAACCGCUAUGCUGUUUUCUUCCAGAGGAAUUUCGCCUGGAUGCUGAUCAUAUUGGUAUAUUUCUCUCUUGUACUCACGGCGAUGCAGGUCGGCGCCACUAUACCUCCACUGAACACGAACCGCGCCUUUCAGCGGGCUUCUUACGGCUUUGCGGUCUUCUCGAUUGUCACCGUCGCAGCAGUUGUAUGUUUUGUGGGAGUCUUGUUCGUUACAAUAUUUUUGAUAAAUAUGGUCCUGGCCAUUUCGCACGAGAAGAAGAAGAGGAGAGACCGGGAAAUACUCGCCCGAGAGAGUGAGAAGGGGAAAGCGAAAGCUUAG